GCAGAAAGCAUCAGCCUCCGAGCGCCAAUCUGAUGUCCAAAACUGACGAUCGCUGCAGCAGCCCGCAUAAGUAUGGAUCCACGUCGGUCCUGCGGGGAGAAGGCAAUAAUAAACAUACGACAAAUGACUCACGAAUUGAGUUAGCGCUUACCGUGAAUUCUUCUAUUUAUUGUUGCAGUCCUGGAAAACCAUCAGUCGCAAGUCUUGACUUGAACGACAGCUGCUGCAACACCCUGCUCCAAAAUGACGACCUCCGCCGAACAACACUCCAGCCUCCCCUACCAUGGCUCCUGCCACUGCGGGUUUAUCAGAUACAUCACUUUCAUUCCGAUGCCACCAGCAGUUGUCCCGGAUGGGGCCAAAGGUGCCCACCUCCGAUUCUACAAGUGCAGUUGCACGACGUGUCACAAAAUGGGAAUGUUCCACCUGCGACUUCCGGACGCGCCCAACCAAUUCUUUUUACUCUCCCCGCUGGAUCGCGAUACGCUGGCUAAUUAUAAAUGCCCGAAUGGUCAUAUAAAUUGGUUCUUUUGUCCGACGUGCGGCGUGCGAUGUUUCGCGACCGUACCUCACUGGAAGCAGGACCAGAUCGAUGUCGAAAGCAUUUCGGCGGCCAUCCCCACUCGUGAUGGCAAGCCCGAUCUGCCGGGUAUAGAAGAAUCGACGAAGACGGUCACAGUCUGGCGAAUGGAUCCUGAGAUAUUCCAGGAGGAUGUGACUGGGUAUCUAACGAUCAAUGCACUUACCAUCGAUCAAGAUCAGGCCCAUGGAAAGAAUCUUGAUCUGCGCCAGCUUGUGGAUAAUAAAUUGGUCGAGUACAUGGAUUGGAACACGAAAAAGGGUGAUAGUCGAUAUGAUUAUCCUCAUGACAAGGGGACCUGGUAGAGACUCAGGCUGGCAUAGUCUGUUGGGAUUACCAAUUCGA